AUGGCUAAUUUUGAAGAUAUGGCAAUGCUGUUUGCCAUUAAUAACGUCGAGGAACACGAACAUCACAAUAUACAUAAUGAAAGACAGACGCGAAAUCGAGACAUUAUAACAGAUCCUUUUACAUUGUCACAUCGUUUAUUUGUAAAAAACUUUAGACUUACUAAAGACGUUGUUAGAGAUUUGAUUAACCUAUUAAAACCACAUAUAGUUUCAAACCAUAUACGUUCGUCUGCAAUUGAUUUGAAUACUAAAGUUUUUGUAACUUUGAAUUUUCUGGCUACGGGCUCAUACCAGUCUCCUAUUGGUAACAGCCGAUUUAUGGCUCUAUCACAACCAACUGUAUCCCGCUGUAUCAGUGAGACAUUAAUGAACUUACCGAUAUCCGUAAUGGUUUUUACAGAGAUACAGGAUUUCCCGGCGUUAUUGGAUGUAUUGACUGUACCCAAUGUAAUCACACCUCCUUCGUCAAACUUAAACUUAGAUGAAAACCAGCAUCCUGAGCAUAUAUAUAUAAACCGUAAAGGAUAUCAUUCAAUCAACGUUCAAUUGAUUUGUGAUUCAAAGUUAAAAAUAUUGAAUGUUAAUGCAUUAUUCUCAGGCAGUACUCAUGAUAUACAUGUAUGGAACAAUAGUUCUGUGUUACCAAUAUUACAAGAAUUGCACAGACGCAAUUAUAAUGAUUUUUAUUUAUUAGGUGAUUCUGGAUAUCCAUUGCGUCAAUGGCUCCUAACACCGAUAUCAAAUCCUUCCACUGAAGCCGAGGAAUAUUAUAAUAAAAGGCAAAUGUCAACCAUGAGUGUAAUUGAACGCUGCAACGGAGUCCUAAAAAUGCGAUUUAGAUGCUUGUUGAAAGAUAGGACCUUGCAUUACAAACCGGAGAAAGCAUCAUCUAUUAUAAAUGCAUGUAUAGUGCUGCACAAUAUGUGUAUCUCAAACAACAUAGAGCUAGUAGAUGAACCUGAUGUCCGAGGGCUUGAUGAUUUGGGUAUGAUAGAAAAUGAAGAUACUGUGGCGAACCAGUGUUCACCACAUGCUCCCUCCCUAUGUCGGUCGCGCUCCCAGUGUUGGCAGCACCGCUCGGCCCUCCGCGUCGUUCGCGACCGCGAAGCGUCGGGCGGCUGCCAACGGGCUCUCGCUCGGCAACCGUCAACCGACGUACACGACGUGCACAGUCCGUCCCGCCGCCAUGUUUCGACGCCGUUCAAAAACCGCCGCACAAUGACGCACGUGUCCGCGUUUCGUCGUCCCGUCUAA